UCUCCCUAAGAUUUCGAUUUCAUUUUUUUAAUAAUUAUAAUGAAAUUUUUCAUUAUUUCUCUUGUUCUAUUUUUAAAAGGAAUUUUCGUCAAUUCACGCUGUUCUGGGAAAAAUGGAUUGGUUUGUUGCUCUGGAACUGUAUGGGACAAUUUAAAACAAAAGUGUAUUGAAUGCAGUCCAGGUUAUUACGGCUUGAAUUGCACGAGCGUAUGUCAGUACCCAACAUAUGGAAGGACUUGUAAGUUUAAGUGUUCAUGCAAUGAAGAGUUUUGUGAUAUUGCCUUUGGCUGUCCAAAAGAGAAUGAAAAGGAUACAAACAGACAAGUUUCAAAAUCGGAGGGAGCAUUAGGUGUGUCAAGAGAAUCGGGAAAAACAUCAUCUUCUCUUCCUACAAAUGUUGGAAAGACUUAUGGGCCACUAACAAUUAACGAUUUCAAACGUAUUAUAAAGGAAAAUGAUACAUUUACAUGGAAAUUAGUAUUUAUAAUUUUUGCCAGCUGUAGUACUUGUGUCACAUUUAUCAUCAUAUGUUUCGUUUAUAAGAUUUUUAAAACAAUGAAAAGACCCAGACACCAACCAGAUAAAACAUCAUCGGUUGGGCCAGGAGAAUAUAGCGAUUGUGAAAUGAUGGAGGUGAAUAUGAAAACGGAAAACAUAAUUUUUGAAGGAUUGGUUAAUGCAAAAAUAGGACACAAUGCCAUUCAAAAUGCUUAUGCAAUACAAUUAAAUGAGAUCUGUCCAAACUCUGAUAUUGAUCAAAACGCUCAAGGAUUUGAAAUCAAAUGUGGAAAUUCUCAACAGUUUUGCAAAAGUCAUCUACUUUCUCAUGGACAUGGUUAUGUUGAACCAAAGAUUGAUGAUGAAUCCAACCAGCUUCUAAGAAAAGAUUUUGACCCUGAAUGCAGUCUUUCACGUGAUCAAAUGUUGGCCUCUGAGGAUAGAAAUCAAUAUCUCAUUGCUACAAAGUAACAAAUUUGAAUACUUUUCAUCUCUCUUCUUGUUACGUCAAAAUACUUAUGCAUCAUCAAAUGUAAGAACCAUCAUCAAUAUACACGGGCUUUGUGUGUUUGUCCUUGAAUGUAAAAGACUUCAUUAAAAUAAUUGCACUUCAUUC